ACAUGCAAUUCUCACCAGAAAAGAACUUUAUACAUUUAUGCCAGUCUGCCAGUAGGGUUCUUGCAUGCUAUAAAAAAAAAAAAAAUUAGCAUUUGAAGUUAUUAAACCAAAGUAGAGUGGAAUAAGUGAAGCCCAAGAAAAUAAAUCUAUGGAGUUUAAUCAACAACAACAAGAAGAAGAAGAAGAGGAAGAAAGAUUUGCAGAACCUGUGAGUCCAACAGGGCAAUAUUUCAACAGCUCAGUUCUUUCCAUUUGUGUUCUUGCUGUUUUGGAAUCACAAGUUCCAAUAGAUGACUCGCCCACCAUGACUUUGCUUCAAGAUGUCUUUCUCCCUAUCAAUCCUCGCUUUUCCUCUAUUAUGGUUAAUGACAAAAAUAAUGGUGGAAGAAAAUGGAAGAGGGUUGAAGUUAAACUAAAAAACCAUGUUAAUAUCCCUAAUUUUCCUUCAGGAUUAUCACCAAAAGCUUAUGAUAAAUAUUUCAAUGACUAUAUAUCAACAAUAGCUUUAGAACCUCUUCCUCAAAGCCAACCUUUGUGGGAAAUUCAUAUAAUAAAAUACCCAACAAGCAAAGCAGCUGGGAAUGUCAUCUUCAAGCUUCAUCAUGCACUUGGAGAUGGUUUUUCUCUUAUGGGAGCUCUUCUUUCUUGUCUACAAAGAUUAGAUAACCCUAAUCUGCCAUUGACAUUUCCUUCACUUCAAAUACCUUCAAAACCUGAAAUUAUUAUCAGCAAGAACAAGAAGAAGAGCAUUAUACCUAAAUCUUUUAAUUCAAUUUUUAAUACUAUGUCUGAUUUUGGAUGGAGCCUUCUUAAGAGCAGUUUGGUUGAAGAUGUGAAGUCCCCUAUCAGAUCAGGGGAUGAUGGUGUGCAGUUUAAGCCUAUUUCUUUAUCAACUGUCACAUUUUCUCUUGAUCGCAUCAAACAAAUUAAGGCUAGGCUUGGAGUGACGAUAAACGAUGUAAUUACUGGUAUAAUCUUCUACGGAAUUCGAUUAUACAUGGUAGAAGUUAAUGAUAGAUUCAGCAAUGCACAUUCAACAGCAUUGGUAUUGCUGAAUACGAGGGCAAUUGGUGGGUACAAAUCGGUGAAGGAAAUGGUGAAACCUAAUGCUGAGUCUGCAUGGGGGAAUCGGUUCGGGUUCUUGCAUGUUUCAAUGCCUGAAUUAACCAAGUCUGCAAUUUCCAACCCACUUCAGUUCGUUGAGAAUGCAAACCAAAUCAUCAAAAGGAAAAGAAGCUCUCUUGCUGUUGAUCUCACUGGCAGGCUCCUCGAUGCUCUACGGAAACUUAGAGGCCCUGAGACAACAGCCAAGUACAUACAUAGCACAUUGAAGAACUCAAGCAUGACAAUCUCAAAUGUAAUUGGCCCUGUCGAAUCCAUGGCUUUAGCUAACCAUCCUGUUAAAGGUCUAUAUUUUAUGGUGGUCGGUGUACCUCAGAGUCUUACUAUAACGAUGGUGAGCUAUACAGGACAGCUUAGAGUCGCGGUUGGAGCAGAAAAAGGCUUCAUAGAUACUCAAAAGUUCAAUUCGUGCAUAGAGAAUGCCUUUGAAAUGAUAUUUAAGUCCGCUUGUGAAAUACCUUUUGAAGGAAAAAUUAAUUAACUAAUUUAAGAACUUAAUUAUAUUUUGUUUAUUCAUUAUUAUGAUUUGUUUUACUCCUAUAUAAAUUUUGUUACUCCUAUAUUUAUGUAACUGAUAUCCACAAUGUAUAAAUAAAUAUUUUAUAUCUGUAAAAAUAACUCAUUUAUCGCUGCC